AUGGCAGGUCAAGAACAAGAACUGGAGAUUGUAAGAUUAGAACUUGAGGACCUACGUCGAAACAUGGGUCAAGUCAUGGAGAUACUACAAGUCAUUAAGGCCAAGUUGGACACCCAAACGAAGGUCGUUUCAGAAAUCAUCGGCUCUAUGAUUGAACCCCAACCCUUAAGGACAAUGCCUACUACUUGGCAAGUCUUCGGUUUACCUCCCUGCAUCACACCUCCAGUUGAAGUAUCCCCUGGCAUUGUACAAUCCACUCAGCAGACGAUUCCUCUACCAACUAUCAAUGAAGCUCAUCCCGUUGUCCAUACAGUUGCACCACCCCUUGUCCAUGCACAUGUGCGACCUUAUUUUAAAGAUCAACAACAUGCUGUGGAUUUUUUAGACGAAGAUGAUGAAAGGCAUGAAGACAUAAGAGGAAUGAAGGAGAAUUCUCAGAUUCUUGAGAAAAGGUUAAGGCCUAUGGAAGGUGACCAAGUCUUUAAUGCUACUGCUAAGGAGAUAUGCCUAGUGUCUAGUCUCGUUUUUCCCGCGAAAUUCAAGACCCCGAAUUUCGAUAAGUACGAGGGCCACUCGUGCCCUAAAAGUCACCUCAUUAUGUACUAUCGGAAAAUGGUUGCGCACGUUGAAGACGAUAAACCUAUGAUACAUUGCUUCCAAGACAGCUUAAGGGGUUCUCCCUCUAAAUGGAUGGUGAGUAGUGUAUCAGCCAGUUUCUCUGACUUGGUUGUUGUGGGCAUAAAAGUCGAGCUUGGAUUGAAGAAUGGAAAAAUGAUAACCACCACUAAAACAUUCGGUAACAAUGUCAAAAGGUUUUCUGGAGGUUUUCAAAGAAAGAAAGAGGGUGAAACAAAUGCAGUGUGA